AUUCUCCGGGUGUGCUUCCUACAAAAAAGAGGACAAGAUUCUUUGUUUUUGGCGGUUUCCGGGCGCAUUCCUUAUAAAAGCAAGAGUGAGCUGUUAAAAUGCAGAGAAGAGCAAAGACAUGGCAUCCAUAAGAGCCUCAGCCUCUACCGCUACCACUGUAUCGAAAUUAUCUACCCAGUCGACCUUCAAAGCGGCGGAGAGGGAUGGAGGUAGAGUAAAUGUGAGUCUGAGCGUGGGUAUUCGCAAGCCAUCCAACUUGAAAUUCUUAUCAAUUAAAAGGGAUCGAUUGAAACAUGAAGAUAUGACAUUUACAAGGUUGGCUUCACCCAGCGGUGUAACUUACACUUCCACUGAAACUAGUGAUGCUGUAUCUGCACCUGUGCUGCCAUUCAGAAUUGGGCAUGGUUUUGAUUUGCACCGGUUGGAGCCAAAUUUGCCCCUUUUCAUAGGAGGAAUCAAGAUACCUCAUGACCGAGGAUGUGAAGCUCAUUCUGAUGGGGAUGUCUUGCUUCACUGCAUUGUGGAUGCAAUUCUCGGAGCAUUGGGCCUUCCAGACAUUGGACAGAUCUUCCCUGAUAAUGAUCCAAAGUGGAAGGGGGCAGCAUCUUCAGUGUUUGUAAAAGAAGCGGUCAAACUUAUGCAUGAGGCAGGAUAUGAGCUUGGCAACUUGGAUGCAACAUUGAUUUUGGAGAGACCGAAAUUAAGCCCUCAUAAGGGGGUAAUACAAGCCAACCUUUGUGCGUUGCUUGGGGCUUCUUCUUCUGUUAUUAAUAUCAAGGCUAAGACACACGAGAAGGUUGAUAGUCUUGGGGAGAACCGCAGUAUUGCUGCUCAUACAGUUGUACUUCUUAUGAAGAAAUAAUUUUAUUUGCAUCUUCAAGUAGAUCUUGGAAACUGGUUGUAAAAGUAGCUUUUGGGAAGAGCAGCUUGUUACCCUGGCAUUGAAAAAAAUUCCAGGCACAAAUAGUUAAACAUCUUCCCCUCCCCUUGAAAAUAAUGGUAACUUCUAUGUUCUAUCCAA